CAUACGGAGCUUCCAGGGAACAAGUUCAUCAAUUUUCUAUAUAUAAAGAAUGCAACUGCAACUGGAUGCCAAGCACGAAUAGUGGUAUACCUACAUAUAGCGCGAAUGUCACCGCUACUAUAAGUUUACCAAGUUCACCUCUCGCCCAUUCUCUAACAAUAUGACCAUAGUCUCAAAUGAUCCCACUUGGUGGCCGACCAUCGAUGUAUAUCGUUUUGCCAGCUAUUUUGGAGUUGCCGCCUUCGUUGGAGUAACAUAUGAUUGGGCACUCACAUUUGGACAAGAGGUCGAAUUGGUCUGGAGACAACGGUGGUCGCUCAUGACAGUGCUGUAUCUCAGUGUGCGCUACCUUGGAAUCCUAUCUGCUGCUCUGUUCAUGGCUGGCCGUGUUCCGACCAUCUCGCUGACAGAUACAGUGAGCUGGAUGAUGUACAUGAUAUGGGUUUGGACGAGUGUUGUGGUAUCUGCGAUGCUGUGGGUCAUCAUCAUCACUCGGUUGCAUGCUAUGUAUCAAAGAUCCAGAAAGAUCCUAAUAUUUCUCAUUGUCACCUUCCUGGCUGUCAACGCUUUUGGUGCAGUGGCCGCCAUAAUGACAACGAUGCAUACUUCAGGAGAGGAACUCGUUCUCUUUGGCACCUACCAGUGCGCGAUUAGCUAUACAGGAGAUCUCACAGUGCUGUCUUCUGCUGUUUGGAUACUCUCCGUUAUAUGGGAGGUCCUCGUACUAUGUCUCGCAGUCUGGAUUGCGGUAAAGCACUUCCGUGAACUGCGAUUGCAUUCGGCAGGAGGGAUUGUCGGGGACUGUUUUACGGUGUUGAUGAAAACUCACGUGGUUUACUUUGCGAGCUUUCUUGCUGUCUCUUGCUUCGAACUCUCUAUGAUUUUCUCUGCAACAUUAUCAACGAGCCAAUCCCUCUUAGAAUAUCAGACUUUGUCUGGCUUGUCUCAGAUUUUGGAGGUCGUGCAGAUGUUCGUGCUAGGACCACGGCUAAUCCUUGGCAUUCGAGAAUAUAAUGCUAAACUCGUAGCUGACUCCGACGCAGCAACCAGCAUGACCUCAAUCGCUUUUCAAGACCGUGUGCAUAUUUCGACUAGCAGUAGUGUGUAAUGCUUGGUGAAGUUGAUGCGAACCGUUGUCCAGUGCUUGCAGGGAGCACGGGAAUUAUUAUUUUUUGUUUCUAUUACAAGCCUCGUUGCGGUGCUCAAGUGGUUAUUUAGUGUCACAAAAUAUAUGUUAAGGAGACAUAGGUUUAGACAAUAGUUUCGUCGUAGUGUUUACUCGAAUCAUUUGCUAUAGGUCUUGACAUUGACAAUGUUUCAACCAAUGUCCUGAAUAUCUUCACUGUACCAACGAAGGAAAGCAGCGUACAGAACAGGAAAGUCGAGAGGCGAGAGAU